AUAUUGCCAUGAUUCAGCCCUCCAUGACCCUCUCAACGAGCGACCACCACCUGUGCUGAAUGAGUCAGCUGUCAGCGCGAUUGACCCCUGCAGCGGUUUGGGGACGAUGUCAGCAUGAAAGACGGACCGAUGUGCCACUAAUAAGAAAAUGUUGUCAGAGCUGUCGACGUCCUCACAUAGCUGUAAAGUUAACCACCUUCCCACGCCAGGAUGCUACGCACCGCUCCGCAAAACCAGAGAGAUGUUUCCGCAUGUUUGGCAUUAACCGCUGACCUGAGCGGUGGUGGAUGCAGACGCCGAAGCACCGCCGCCGUUGAUUGUUGUCCAAGUUAUGCUCGUCGCUUCCGUCGUUCCGUCUUUUAAAGUGUGGCUUUUUUCCCGCUUGGGAAGCGCCUGGUGAUCAUUUUGUCCACACGCAGCAUGCGAGCAGAGGGGCUGGAGGCUGGCGGAGACUGGGACUGAGUGGCGGAGAUCUCUCACACACUGUGCGCGUCUUUCUUGGACACAUUUCGGAGAUAACUGUGGUUUGGCUCUCUAGCCUGUACUCUGUUCUUGGCAUUGCGAUGUCCACAAGAAAGGCAUCGUUGACGGACAAGCAGACUAAAAACGGAACGUCAAAAUAUGUGUUGGAGCGCUGCGCUUCUAUUAACGAGUAUUAUGAUAUUGCCUUCAAGGUGAUGAUGCUGGGAGAUUCAGCCGUGGGGAAGACGUGCCUCCUGGUGCGCUUUAAAGACGGAGCAUUUCUGGGAGGCAACUUUAUAGCCACCGUUGGAAUAGACUUUAGGAAUAAAGUGGUGGAUGUCGACAACCUGAAAGUCAAACUCCAGAUCUGGGACACGGCCGGCCAAGAGAGAUUCCGCAGUGUAACCCAUGCCUACUACAGAGAUGCUCAGGCGUUGCUUUUGCUGUAUGAUAUCACCAACAAGCCAUCAUUUGACAAUAUCAGGGCUUGGCUGUCUGAAAUACAUGACUAUGCCCAGAAGGAUGCGGUCAUCAUGUUGCUCGGCAACAAGUCAGACAUGGCUGCAGAGAGGGUGGUGAAGAUGGAGGAAGGAGAGAAGCUGGCCAAGGAAUAUGGGGUACCAUUUAUGGAGACCAGUGCGAAGACAGGUGUCAAUGUGGAGCUGGCCUUUCUCGCUAUAGCAAAGGAGCUGAAGCACAGAGCGACACAGCAACCUAAUGAGCCCAAGUUCCAGAUACACGACUACAUUGAUUCUCAGAAGCACAAGUCUGGCUGCUGUGGUCACAUGUAGCUGAUCACCAGGCAGAGUGAGAGACAGUGGGUACGAGGUAAAAAUAUCUGCUGUCCUAUCAAAAGCCAACCCCAGCACCAAACCUGAGAAGUAGAGAUCCUCACCUUCUCCGCUGAGCUUUUAGCUGAAUGAAAGUGAAUCUGGAUUGACCGCCAUCUCUUGUCUGAAAUGUGAAUUUAAAACUUUUUAUGUCAUGUGUAGAAAUGUGCGUGGUCUUUGUGGUGGCAGUUGUGUCAAAUUGCAAGUCAGGAGUUACAAUCUUAAAUGCUAUAUCCAUCUGCAGGGACAAAAAGCAAACAGAUUCAUCAUUCUACUCUUGAAAAACAUCAGUUUUAUAAGAACAAUCAAUAUGACUGUUGAUGUGGAUAUAGCUUUUUGCCAUGCAGCUCUUGGUCUGUCAUUCCAGUUUGACUAGGCUGUGAACUGAAUCCCUUUUGGCCUUACAGUCUCCAUCUUUAUUCAUUGAGAAUUUUAGUGUAUUUGAGAAAUGGACUUCAGUCUCACAGUCAGAUUGUAGCUCAAAUGAUCCUGUCUGAUCACAUCUGUACAGCUGUUAGAAUAAAGCCAACAUUCUGAGGGCGCUUGCCCACUGUGUGUCUGUCUGUACAUUCAAUUCAGGGCCAGUGAAACUUCAUUCGAAGUACUGUACAUGUAACUGUGCUGGAGGAUCGUCCCACUGUUGCACCAGGCUACGUACAAAGAGAUUAUUUUCAUGUCUUUAGUGACAGAUUCCUCAGCAUGCCCUUUACUAUUUACACACAGAGAUACACACACACACACACACACAGCACUCUUAAACAUUGUUGUCUCCUUGUAAUGAUGGAUGUUGUUGUGUAGACUGUACCAAAGUUGUAUUUGUUCACACACCACAUCGUGAAACUCGUUUCUUUGUACAAUGUUCAUUAUGAAUGUUUGCUUGUCGAACUUGCUCGAUGUCACAUUUGUCCCUCCUCUGAGGUGUCACGGUGAUCACAAAGUGCCAUGACAAAGUGCUUUGUUAU